ACAGUCAUGCCUUAAUACGUGGUGAUUUCUAUUUAUAUAUAUCCUGAUUCUUCUGACCAUGUGAAAAGGAAAGGUUAUUAAUAGCGGACGUCUAGGUUGGCAUGUGAGUUGUCAGUCUUCACUGACAUUGAAACCACAGAUCUGUACGGCACAAGUAUUGUAUUUGUGCAUCUGUCUUCACAUGCUCUUAUGAACUUGGAAUCCUUCAAUGUUAAGCUGCUUUGUGACCCAGGGACGCACCAUGUUGACCAGUAUCACUGAAGGGAUACUGUGCUGCCUGACUGGGAAAGCUGCCAGUCUGGUCUUGCCCCUGGAGUCUUCCCAACCCUCUGAUGGUUUUGAGUUUGUGGAGGUGAAACCUGGGAGAGUCCUUCGAGUGCGGCACAUUGUCCCUGAAAGGCAGCCCGUAGUAACGGAAGAGAAAAUCACAGGCAAAGAGAAGACAGAAUGCGACUAUGAAGAUGACGACUCUCCUGAGGAUUCUUACAACGAGAGCGACUAUGGCAGCAGUGUCCACUGCAAGAGGAAGAUCACUGUCUACCGUAAUGGCCAGCUGGUGAUUGAGAAUCUAGGGGAUGUUUUGCACUCUGAGAUACUGCAGUGUCAGGACGGGGAUCUGGAGCCUUGCAGCACUGUCGAGGUGGAGCUGGCUGACUAUAAAGAAAUGCCCUCUUCCCCUGACCCCAACCCUCUUCCCUCUCCAGUUCCACCAUCCCUAGGGGAACAGAAACCCGCUCCACCUCCACGCCGCCGCCGCCGCAAGCCCAAACGCACAGUGCUGAUCGACUCCAAGAGGGUGAUCUCGAGCUGCAAAGGGACACACUCAGAUGUAGCACUGUUUUUUGUGCACGGCGUGGGAGGCUCUUUGGACAUUUGGAGCAGCCAGCUGGACUUCUUCUCUCGGCUGGGCUAUGAGGUCAUUGCACCUGACCUGGCAGGGCAUGGAGCCAGUACUGCCCCGCAGAUCGCAGCGGCUUAUACUUUUUAUGCCCUUGCAGAGGACCUUCGUGCCAUCUUUAAGAGAUAUGCUCGUAAACGAAACAUCCUCAUCGGCCAUUCAUAUGGAGUGUCAUUCUGCACCUUCCUGGCCCACGAAUAUCCCGAUCUGGUCCAUAAGGUGGUGAUGAUAAACGGAGGGGGUCCCACAGCUCUGGAGCCCAGUUUGUGUUCCAUUUUCCAGCUGCCAUCUUGUGUCCUGCACUGUCUGUCACCCUGUCUGGCCUGGAGCUUCCUCAAAGCUGGAUUUGCCCGUCAGGGUGCCAAAGAAAAGCAGCUGUUGAAGCAGGGCAAUGCCUUCAACGUCUCUCCGUUUGUCCUGCGCGCCAUGAUGAGCGGACAGUACUGGCCUGAAGGGGACGAGGUCUAUCAUGCUGAGCUCACUUCACCAAUCCUGCUGGUUCACGGCAUGUGUGACAAGUUUGUGCCCGUGGAUGAGGACCAGCGCAUGGCAGAGAUCCUCCUGUUUGCAUUCCUUAAAGUCAUCGAGGAGGGAAGUCACAUGGUCAUGAUGGAGUGUCCCGAAACCGUCAAUACCCUCCUCCAUGAAUUCUUUCUUUGGGAGCCCGAUAUGUCCAGAAAAGAGAGCCGCAAGUCGGACACAGAGAAGACUGUUGCCCUCAGUGACACUCUCCACACACUGAAAAGCAAUAAGUCUCUGGACAAAUAACCAACGAGGAGUCACGUUCUAUAACAGAACCCAGCAGAAGGCCUUUUUUGGCAUGUGUUCUUAAGGCUGCUCCCCGGCUGAGAGCUGUUACAAACAGGGCCGCAUCUUCAGGAUGCGCACGGCCACUGGUGCUCAAAGAUAAAGUGGGAUUUAGGCAUGGUGCCGACCAGAGAACGAUGGAAUGGACUUAAAGAUAAGAAGAAUGGAUGCAAUUAAAGUCAGUUUUGCUGUGCUUUUGAUACCAGUCUGUGCUCCAUCUUGUCAUGUUUGAAAAAAAACGACACAACAUCUGAAGAUCAAAAGUGUCCAUUUGUGAUUUGUGUAUGAAAAGUUUUCUGGUGAAGAACUGAUUACUGCAAGAAACAAAAUGCUUCAAGUCAAUGAGAUGGUGUGUGAAUUGUCUCACCUUUAUCUUAAAUAUUCUGUAAAGUAUUGCAGAGCUUCUGUUCAACCUUUACAAAAAUGGUCUUACAUCUGCUUCAUGGGAAACUGGUAGAAUAAUAUGCAUUGAAAUGAGGGAUUACCGAUCAGGUUUUUUGAUGUGAUGGUAAAGGACAGUUUUGACGAAACAUAACUGUUGAUAAUAACAGUUUCUCAUGAAAUAGUAGUGGAGAAUUGUUUAAAGACAUUUAUUGUAUAGCAGUGUACAUGCAAUAUGUCAUUAAUACUUAAAUAUUAAUAUUUAGGUUAAAUUAUGCCAGAAAUAUCACAGAAAUACAAUGCUAACUUGCAAUCCAGCCACCUAUUAACCACAUUCAUACAAUGUGCUGUAUACACUAAUUCAAACAUUAAGACUCACAAUCACAGCAGCUGUUUAGAGAUUGGCCCGUGUUUUUAUUUGAUUGAAAAAGCUAUUUAUUUUCCAUAUAAUGAACUCUGGUAUUGAAUCUUAAUCAAAACAGCGAUACAUACUAUGCUAAGCACAAUGUAACCGAUACAUUAUUUCAUAUUUGCAUGAAAAUGAAGUAAUCCUUAAUGAGACAUUUAUUCAAACUGGUUGCAAAGACAGAUGGUCACUCACAUGGAUGACAAAAUGUGUUCCUCCUUUAUUCUAGCCAUUUCUCUAUUUGUAUAUGAUAUCCUAAGGAUACAAAAUACUGGGGCUCUGCAUGAGUCUAGAUCAUGAAAAGGGUUUCAUCAGACAGUUACAAUAUAUUCUCAUAUUGUAAAAUUCCCAAUGCACUCUCCUCUAAUGAAAGUGUGGUAUUGUUUUGCCUUUAUUCUGAAAUAACAGCAGCUGCCAUAAAAUAAAGUGUUGUAUGGACUUCUUCAAGAUGAUACAGUAUACUGUAUCUAUAAGCUGAUAAAUGCAGGAGUGUACGUUCCCUUAUUACUUUCCAGUGCAUCCUAUAUUUAUCUCACAGUGUCAGACAGAAAGAAUGAGCAACACUUCAUGCUCACAGAAAGACAUUCAUUCAUGGGUGCUGCUUUGUCUCAUAAUGGGACUGUAAGGUACAAGUUAAUGCACAGUCUUAUGUGCUCUAUGAAAGUUAUAAUCUGUUGGCUGCAUAGUUCAUACUGUGAUGAUUAGAAGAUGGUGGAUGGAUGAGACUGGGUACCCAAAGCCCAAAUAUAAAUCUGAGACAGCCAAAGCAGAAAAUUGUCGACAAAAAGGGACAUUUGUACCCACCAUGCUGGUCUGUUAUAUAUGCAUUUUGACAGAAUGCGGAUGCAACAAGAUUGUUCUUAUGCAACUGAUACAAAAUAGAGAGAAAUAUAGUGGAAAGAAGCUGACAACUCAGAAAACAUGAUGUGUUCUCCAUGGACUUUUCCAAAAACCAACAAGUGCUGCUGAUGCAAUGUACUGUGCGUCUCCUUUGGUGUCAGUUACACUGUAUGGACUACAGGGUGCACAUGUAUUUCUUCUUAUGCUAAACUCGUGCAUAUACAAACUGUCAGUGCUCCUAUGUGCUAUAUCUUUUUGUGGUUAACAUAAUGUGUUAAUGUUAUUGUUGCAUUUAUUCAAGGGAAUCAUAAUAUAUGCACUGCCUGAAUGUAGAUGCAUAUAAUAUAUAUCCUAUCAAAGCUGGUGGAUUCAGUGUAUGAACGUGCCUUUUCCUGGCAUGAAAUAAAACUAUGUUCACAAACUA